AUGAAUACACAUUCCUUCCAAAGAGGCAUCUCAUGCCCACCCACGGACUUCAACUGCAGUAAAAUUGUAGAUGUCCUAAAUGACUCAGACGCAAAUGCCUACAAGCUGGUGGACCUGGCUCCCUUAGCCCCAAGAACAGAGCUGACAAUGCUGAACCUCCCACACCCUUUCCCAACUGUGGACGUACCGGCCCACGCUCACUAUGCCAUUGGGGCUGUCAUUCUUGCAGUCGGGAUCACAGGAACACUUGGUAACCUCCUGGUCAUCUAUGCUUUCUGCAGGAGCAGGGGCCUCCGCACUCCUGCCAACAUGUUCAUUAUCAACCUGGCCGUUAGUGAUUUCCUAAUGUCCAUCACCCAGUGUCCGGUUUUCUUCACCAACAGCCUCAACAAACGAUGGAUAUUUGGGGAGAAAGCUUGUGAGCUGUACGCUUUCUCUGGCGCCCUCUUCGGCAUUGCUUCCAUGAUCACACUAACGGUGAUCGCCCUGGACAGGUAUUUUGUGAUUACGCGACCCCUGGCCUCCAUUGGAGUGAUGUCUAAGAAGAAGGCUUGGCUAAUCCUAUUAGGAGUCUGGCUGUAUUCCUUAGCUUGGAGUCUCCCGCCCUUCUUUGGAUGGAGUGCUUAUGUUCCGGAGGGCCUCCUGACUUCCUGUUCCUGGGAUUAUAUUACCUUCACCCCAUCGGUCCGUGCCUACACGAUGCUCCUCUUCUGCUUUGUGUUCUUCAUUCCCCUAAUUGCCAUCAUAUACAGUUACGUGUUCAUUUUCAGAGCCAUCAAGGAUACAAACAGGGCUGUUCAAAAAAUCACUCCGGACAGCAGUAAAGAAUCCCAACGACUGUUCCAAAGAAUGAAGAAUGAGUGGAAAAUGGCCAAACUGGCCUUGAUGGUCAUCCUGCUUUAUGUAAUCUCCUGGUCUCCAUAUUCCGUGAUAGCUCUCAUGGCUUUUGCAGGGUACUCCCAUAUCCUCACACCCUUCAUGAACUCCAUCCCUGCAGUGAUUGCCAAGGCUUCUGCCAUCCACAACCCAAUCAUUUAUGCCAUCGCCCAUCCCAAAUACAGAAUGGCGAUUGCAAAGUUCCUCCCAUGCUUGGGACCUCUGCUAAGAGUUUCCCACAGAGACUCCAGAUCUUCCAGCUACCCUUCCACCAGACGCCUCACUGUAACCAGCCAGUCCUCUGAUAUAAACGGGCUGCCAAGAGGAAAACGAAGGCUGUCCUCAGUCUCAGACAGUGAAUCGGAUUGGACUGACACAGAGGCUGACCUCUCUAGUCUGAACUCCAGAGGCACUAGCGGGCAAGUUUCCUAUGAAAUGGGCCAAGACACUGCAGAAACGCAUGACAUCAAAGUCAAACCUAAAGUGAAAAGCCAUGAUUCGGGGAUUUUUGAAAAGAUUUCAGUGGAUGCAGAUGAUGUUUCUGUGAUGGAGGACUUACCCUUUGGAACUUAUAUCUUUGAAGAUAGCCUGACAGGUGAAGACCUGAACCCUUUUGGACUGAGAGGGGAAGACUCUUAUUACAGACGGCCUACUGCAGCCCACAUCCCUAGCAUUAUAGUGACCUUCAGCAACGUCCAGAGAACAGAACUGCCUUUGGAAUCCAGCCCUGAUGCCUCGUACUCCAGGAAUAGUGGCUAUAGCUGGGAGAAAAAUUCCAGCAGCCGGCUAGAAUGGCUGUGCCAAGGUAGUGCCUUCACUCCUACCUCAGAAACAAACAUGUGUCAGCUUAGUGUAGAAAACCUUCCAAAACUUCUUUGA